CUUUAGAUGAUGAAGCUGAGCAGCACCACGGCACAAUGGUGGGAGAGGGGGGCAGCACGGUGGAUAGCACCCCUCCCCCAAAGCGUAAGGGCAAGUUCUCUACCCUUGGCAAAAUCUUCAAGCCGUGGAAGUGGCGGAAGAAGAAAAGCAGCGACAAGUUCCAGGAAACUUCGGAAGAGCUGGAGAGAAAGAUGUCGACGAGGCGCACGCGGCAGGAGCUCAUAGAGCAGGGCGUGCUGAAAGAGGUCCCGGACAACGACACAGAUACACACAACCUUAAGCAGCCCUAUGUGAAAAACGGCCACACUCUGCCUGUGAGUGCCGGGGUUGGAGGUGGAGGCGCGGGAGUCGUCAGCAGCGCCAGGAGCCCAUGCAACCAGGGCAAACUCCCCCCUGAGUCAGACUUUAGGAUGAACCAGGCCUGGCUCGCCCAGCCGGACGACCGCAGGGUCCGCCCUCCCUCCUCAGACGGAGAUCGCCGGGGAGCUCCAUGUUCGAGGGGUACAGGACUGCAUGAGGACGUGCGUAGAGGUGUAGGGAUGGGUCCACGUGUGCACGUUGAGGGCGAGUGGAAGCCUAACAUGGUCUGGCAGGGCCAGAUUCACGGACAGAUGGAGGAGUGCAGACGUGGAGGCCGACUUCAUCCUGAUGACGGGCAGAGGAGGCCUGGGCUGCAGAAGGCCCCCUCGGAGGACGGCAGGCGGAGCAAGCCUGUGGAAGCGGACUGGAAACCAGCUCUCCCUCGACAUGCAUCAGCUGAGGAGGGAAGGGCCCACAGAGAGUCAGAGUGCCAUUUUGUCCCUGAUGCUGAAGCCCUGCGGAACACCCUGCGUGAACCUCUGCCACCCAAACAGCCAGUCAUGGCUCCAAAGUGGCUGAUGAGCUCCACCCCUGAACCCGACAGCGAAGGUUCGCCCCGCACCCCGUGCAACCACCCUGCAUCCCAGUACUCCUCUCCCGCCGCCCCCCCGGCUGCAGCACCCAAGCCCGUGCGGUGCGUCUCCUCUGCCGGUGUGUCCACUCAGCAGUCUGCGGCACCAGCCUCCACCUCUCAGGGCACCAAGCAGCCGCCUCUGCCUCCGCCCAAGCCUGUGAACAGGAACAACACCGCCAUGCUCGGUGACUUCACUCAAGCCAGCGGGGGUGCUAGUCUUGUGCCGGCCAAGCCGUCUCCGCCCAUGCCCCCCAAGAGGACCACCCCAGUCACCAAACGCACCCCAGAGGAGUCUUCAGCUUCAAGCCAUCCAAUCAACCCCUCGCCUCUCUCUCUGGACGACCACAGCAGCCUCUCCGUGGGCUUUCAGCUGCCUCCCCCACCUCCCUCUCCUCCCCUCCCAACUCACAUCCCACCCUCUCCGCCCCGCCAACACAUCCACACUCACCACCUCCACCAUCAGCACUCCUACCCCCACCCGCUGCCCCAACCCAUACCAAUGCUGUUUGACCCGCCAAGCCCGAUCAACGAGUCUCCCCAGCGGCCGGCUCCCAUCCCGCUGCACAUCAUGAUCCAGAGAGCCUUGUCCAGUCCUGGCCCAGCUCAACCUCAUCCAGACGGGUCACAGCGUGCUCACGCACUGCUUUUUGAAACCCCUCCAGAAUACCAAGGAGGAGAACGUAGUCGCCCCUUGCCCGUCAGCAUCCAACCACUAAAGCUAUCUGAAGAUGAUUACUCAGAGGAGGAAGAGUUAGAGGAGGAAGAUGAUGAAGAAGAGGAAGAAUACGAUGGGGAGAUCCCCCAACCGGAGCUGGAGCCGCGAAGUCGGCGAUGCUUGGUUGGUGAUGCUGGGGUUGGUGGUAUCCCAGGAGGAAACAGCAGUGAAGAGGAGGAAGAAGACGAAGAAGAGGAUGACGAUGAAGAGUAUAACAUGCACAGGGAGGACAGCGAUUCAGACGGUCCUGUGCUUCAUAAAGAUGAAGACUCGGAUGAUGACGAAGAGGACGAGCCCCCUCUAAGUGCCCUCGCCAGCAGGGUGAAAAGGAAGGACACCCUGGCUCUGAAGCUGAGCAACCGUCCCUCUGCUCCAAACAGGGAGCGGUUUACACAGGAUAGGAGCUGCCGAGACGACCUGCCCCCAGGACAGACCGGUCUCACCUGGCAGAGCAGGGAGCAGUGGGAGGCCAUACGCACACAGAUCGGCACUGCACUCACAAGACGACUGAGCCAGAGACCCACAGCUGAGGAGCUGGAGCAAAGAAACAUCCUUCAGCCCAAAAACCAGGCUGACAGACAAGCGGAGGUUCGUGAGAUCAAGCGGCGAUUGACCAGGAAGCUGAGUCAAAGACCCACAGUCGCAGAACUACAGGCAAGAAAAAUCCUGCGGUUUCACGAGUACGUGGAAGUUACAGACGCCCAAGACUACGACCGGAGAGCAGAAAAGCCGUGGACGAAGCUGACGCCUGCUGACAAGGCAGCGAUCCGGAAGGAGCUCAACGAUUAUAAGAGCACUGAAAUGGAGGUUCAUGAAGAGAGCAGAAUUUACACGAGGUAGUUUCAUCGGCCUUAGCGUCUCCCCCCUCUGUGGAUGAUGAAGCACUUACGAGCUCAGUGGCAGGAGGCUGCUUCCUAUGCAGACUGACGGCCCUUUAUGUUUCCUGAAUGUACUGUACAGAUAAUCAGGGAAAGCCUGGAACUGACUCUGAACAAGAAUGCUUGGCGCUUGCCCUCCAUCGCCCUCUCACUACAUUGCUUUUUCACUAAACCGAGGUGGUGGAGGGCGCCGGGCCAGAUGCAGUAUUUCUCCCAGACGGCAGGGGGAACCACGUGCCAAUGAGGCGGCGAAGUGGCGGCGGACCUACAGGGCUUACUCUCAUUCUGCUGUUCUGUGGUACCCCUCAGGGACUCGGAGCUAGUUACAACCUUUAACGCGGCCUCAUUCUGUGUUGCCUUUUUUUCUCCUUUACCGCAUAUGGAAAAGCUAAUUCAUCCUGUUAAUGUAAUAACAUACAAUAAUAACAGUAAUAAUAAUGAUGACGACGUAUAAUUCUCCACACAGUAAUAAUAGACAAUAGAGACGAAUGGCGGGUGCAGGCUGGAGGAUGAAGACUGGGAGAUUCUGUUGUAUGACUGGACAUCUCUGGGAUAUUGUAUGUGUUUUAUAUUAACUGUGUACAGACUGCUAUUGUGAUACCUUAGAAUGAAACCUGGAGAGAUCUAAUUACAAAAAUAAUCUGGAAUGCACAAGAUAUUUUAUAUCGUAAUUUGAUCACAUGAGUAGUGACAGCUUUUAUUUGUUUUUAUUCGGCUUGCCUGUAUUUAUGGUUGUGACGUGAGGUGGCCAUUUAAGCGUCAAUCUAGAUUUAGAAAAAGUUGCAGAUCGGGAGCCUGUUUUUAUUUUUUUAUUUUUUUGUUCGUGCCAAUAUACCCAAUGCCCAAAGGACUAUAGGAUGCUGGUUUUCAUAUCACUUGAUUUCUGCAAUCCACUGCAUGAGCCAACGCCGAAUCCAGCGCACUGGAUCUGGAUGAUCUCUCUUCAUUUAUACGUUUUUUUAAUGAGUUUUUGUACUUCCCUUUAAAGAUCAAACAUGCAAUGCAUUCUGUAGCCAUUCUGAAUAAGGUCAUGCUAGUAGUGUCUAUACUAAGAGUUUAAAUGUAAGUUGCUGUGAGUGUAGAUCAGGGAUUUAUCAAAAAAUCUGAAAAUGUAUAAACGGUCAACAGGGAGUCACUUUGGCUGGAGCCUUCUGGAAACGCAGAAGUGUUUUUAUCUCGUAUUGUCGUCUGGCCAGUAGCUUACAGGGUUCUCUAUGCUGUGUACAGGUUGAAAUACCGUAGGAUUAACUGAUGCUUGUGUAUAUCUUGUCUUCCUUUUAAUUUGAAAAGAAAUUUUAAAUAUAAAAGUUAUUAUAGGUUGCUAUUUUUUUAAGCACAGAAUAUUAGUUAAUGAUUAAAUGCAACAAGAAUGGGAAUAUGAAGGUGUACCUUUCCUGUAAAACUAAGGUCAUUUUUAAUUGAAUGUGGAAUUGUAUGGACAGACAGGUCUUUCUUUUAAAUUGUAAAUAGCUGCCUCUGGAUCAAAUUAAAUCUCUUG